GAAAAAACAAACAAACAUGGGUGGUCUUAACAAGGUGGAGGUGAUAGACAGCAAAGGUUGUUCAAGUUUGUUUGUUGGUUUCUCAUCUUCAGUGCCAUCAUACACACGUUUCCAACCUUUUGAACCUAUGUCCCCUGCCCCUACAUCUCUUGGUUCUGAACCUUUAACGGUUCGAUCCCCCGGUCCGUUUUCUGGUCUGGUUAUUUGCGUCACUGGCUUAUCUAAAGAAGCAAGGAGACAAGUCAUGGAGGCAACGGAGAGAUUAGGUGGUCAAUACAGUACUUGUUUACAUCCUCAAUGCACCCAUUUGGUGGUCCAGAGCGUUAGUGGACGCAAGUUUGAGCACGCUCUAAAACAUGGAUCAAGAAACGGUCUAUUACUUGUUAAACUUGGAUGGUUCGUGGAUAGUGUCAAGAGGAAUGUAAGGUUAAGUGAAUCGUUCUACAGCAUGAAGGGUAUCGGAGAACAUGUUACAACUGCAGACGAGUUGAAUCUGCUUGCUGAGUCUACUACUCCCGAAAGUUCAUGUCUUGAUGAAGCCAAUAAAACAAGCAUGAGAGAAAAACAACAUGCACAAUUUUCCAGAAGAGUCCCUAAUAGAAGUAUGAACUCAGCGUUUUCUGGUCAUACCAUGUACAUCGACUCUGAUAUUUCAGUUGAACUUCGGAAUAAGGUCCUUGAGGAAGCUUCAAAAAAAGGGGCCACAGUGAUAGAUCUAUGGUUUGUUGGUUGUGGUGCAACUUAUGUAGUGUGUGAAGGACAUUCUAUCCAUCGAUAUAUCGGCCACUCGAACAACAUUGUUACGCCACUGUGGGUCCUGAAAACAGCCAAGGAUAGGAAUUUGCAGAGACUUGUCCACAUGUCUGCUGGUUUAGCCAGGCAGAUCGGGACAGUGCUCGAAAAUGCUCGGAACGCCAUUGUAGGAGAGGAAAGUAAUGUGGCCAAUUCAAUGCAAUCUACUCGGAGCAUUAGAAGGAAUGCGACUCAUGAAGAGAGGAAACAGAUUGUGCAUUUAGCUGAAACCGGAGUUAGAAAUCCCCGCAGUCGCCGUAAGCAGACUUGUCAAGGACCAAACAAUCAUAUUAGCCGAACCAAUCUUCUGGAACCGGUUUGCUGGUCGAUAUCUGAGCCAACUUCAACUGCUUCUCUUUUCACUGACUCUUUGUGCGGUGAAGACGUUAGUGAGCAUCAAUCUGUGUUUUUUGAUGCAAAUGGUGAUGGAAAGGAUUCCGAGGCCUCCUUUACGAACUUAACCAGGUCACUUACGGAAAGUGAGAAGAAUAAGUUGAUAUUCAAAAACCAAUUUCUCACCAUACUGUUUCCAGUCGAUCGAUUUUCUGAGAUGGGGCCUUCAUCACGGACAUAUUUCAGCGAUAAGGGCUUUACAUGUCUGCAGAUUUUGGAUUAUAUAUAUGCCUUCUAUCAGGAGGACAUGUCGGUUCAUGAAAUAGAGGCUGCCAUUCACACAAACUCGAAGUAUGCCGACCGGCUUCGAUCAGCAUACUCUAGCAGUGAGACGGUGUUCAAACGAAUCAAUUUCUUAGGAAGUCGUAAAAGCUUUGAAAUGUUGAAGCGUGUUAGUGGAGAUAAUAACAGUAAUACAUACGAGCUCUUCAUCAGAGCUUAAACAUGUCAUUGCUUUCAUCAUAUAUACCAAUGC